GCACAAAAUCAUUAAAUUACCUCAGGGUCAACCCGCUCUUGCCCAUCCCCACCGAAAUGCGCUGCCCCUACUGCUCCUCCGGGCAGGGCCGCUGCGCCACCACCGCCGCCGGCCGGAGCAUAACCGAGUGCGCCUCUUGCGGCCGCGUGGUGGAGGAGCGGCAGACUCAGCCCCACCACCUCUUCCACCUUCGUGCGCAGGACAACCCUCUCUGUCUUGUUACCUCCGACCUCCCCUCUGCCCCAGUCGUCUCUCAAAACGACGAAGAAGACCCAUUCGAGCCUACCGGGUUCAUCACCGCCUUCUCCACGUGGUCGCUCGAACCGUACCCGGUUUUCGCACACUCUUCACUGUCGUUCGCGGGGCACUUGGCGGAGCUGGAGCGGGUGCUUGAAACGACGUCGCAGGGGAACAAUUCCAGUGCUUCGGGGCCGUCGGUGGUGGUGGAUAAUUUGAGGGCUUACCUGCAGAUAAUUGACGUGGCUUCGAUUCUUGGGCUGGAUUAUGAUAUUUCGGACCACGCUUUUCAGCUUUUCAGGGAUUGCUCUUCUGCCACGUGUUUGAGGAAUCGCAGCGUCGAGGCGCUGGCUACUGCUGCUUUGGUGCAGGCUAUUAGAGAAGCUCAAGAACCCAGAACUUUGCAGGAAAUAUCUAGUGCUGCCAAUUUACCACAAAAGGAGAUAGGAAAAUACAUCAAGAUACUUGGCGAAGCUUUGCAACUAAGUCAACCCAUUAACAGCAAUUCAAUCUCAGUCCACAUGCCCAGAUUUUGUACGCUUCUCCAACUUAAUAAAUCUGCCCAGGAGCUGGCAACACAUAUUGGUGAGGUCGUGAUCAACAAGUGCUUCUGUACCCGCAGGAAUCCCAUAAGCAUCUCUGCAGCUGCCAUUUAUUUGGCCUGUCAAUUGGAAGAUAAACGUAAGACACAAGCUGAAAUCUGCAAGGUGACAGGCCUAACGGAAGUCACUCUGCGUAAAGUUUACAAGGAGCUACUGGAGAAUUGGGAUGAUCUGCUUCCAUCAAAUUAUAAUCCGGUUGUUCCUCCUGAGAAAGCAUUUCCUACGGCUACUAUGGAAAAACACACUGAAAGCAGACAUUCUAAACCAAGUGAAAUAUUAGGCGCAUCUCAUCAGACCAAAGGCAAAGACAACGCUGAAAGCAAAGAUAGUUUCCACCGGGCUUUUAGUGCAGCAUUACUUGGAACAUCUUUCUGGAAGCCUCAGGUUCCAGUUAAUACUUCUGCUAAUCAGAGGCCACCUGAGACAAAUCAAAUCUCAACCCAAAAUAUGGAAAUUGAUUUACUGUCCAAGACUAGGGAGGAGAAAGGAAUGGAUACAGACACAAAAGCCGCUUCUAGCUCUCUGAGACCCAUUCAGUUCCCUUCACCCCCUGCUUUAGCCGCAGGUGUUGUGCCUUGGCCAUUUCGGCCCCCAGUGACGUCAACACUUUCUCCGCCAGGUCAGUUUAUUCAACCACCAAAGGCAGCAUCAACGGCGGUAGAUAAAGGCCCCAUGCAACAAAAUCUAAAUGAGAAGUUCAGUUAG